UCUUUCUUCUUCCAAUAUAACUGGUUUCGUUUCACCGGAUUUGGGCUCUCCGGCGACGGAGAAUAGCUCCAUCUCCCGAAGGACUCAGAUGGGAAGCAGCAACAAAAGCGGAGAACAAGGAAAGCAAAUGGCAGAACUGAGCAAAAGUCUUAAAGAAGGUGAGAGGAUUCUGGAGCCCACACGUAGACCUGAUGGUACUCUCCGGAAACCCAUCCGGAUUCGAGCUGGAUAUGUUCCACAAGAUGAAGUUGUCAAAUAUCAGUCCAAAGGUUCUCUGAUGAAGAAGGAGAUGGCCUCACAAGGGCCUCCAGGUUAUGAACCUGAUCCAGCUCCGAAACCAAAGACUAAAUCUGCUAAGAGGAACGAACGUAAAAAAGAGAAGAGAUUACAGUCUACUGCAGAAAAGGGUAACAGCUCUGAGGAUGGAUCAGCUAGUAAUGGAUCCCAAUCGGUGAAUGUAUUGGCUUCUGAAAUGGAGGCUUUGGACGUUUCUUCAAAUAAUGAUGUAUGUGGGGAAGCACCCAAUCUAGUAACUACAGGAGAAGACGUAGAGAAAAGAAUCCGCGCACUUAAGAAAAAAAUCCGACUUACAGAAGCUCAACAGCAGAAGACUGCUUCCCGAGACCUAAACCCGGAGCAGUUAGAGAAAUUUUCUAAGUUGGAAGAGUGGAGGCAAGAACUCAAGGCUUUGGAGGAUAAGGAGGCUUAACUUGCUGCAGCAUCGACAUGAAUGGUCUAACUUUUAGACAGGCUGUAGUAUCUCUCAUGAAAUUUCUGGAACCAAUCCAAAUUUGUAUCAAGAAAAGAAAGCUGUUGUUACUUCUUAGGUUUUGUCAGAUCUGAUUAAUGAACUUGGCGCAAUGCC